AUGCAUUCUAAUCUUGGAGCUCUUAUUCUUUAUCUCCUUUCGGGAUCUGCUUUGGCUUCAGCAAUCCCUGCACAGACACAAAGCCACGAUGUUACCCUUGUAGCUCGUGCUACUGCGACAGAGACAGCUGCGCCAGAGGGAUGGUUCACCACUACGAAAAACAUCGCUACCAUUGGCGGUACAACAGAUAAAUACGUUACCAUCCCCGCCAAAACAAUCUCAAUCGUCAUCCCAACAUGUGUCCAAACUCUCGAACCCGAUGAGAACGGAUAUCUUCCCCCUGGAACAUGCAACGCCCACUGGAACUAUUACCCCAGCUUUGCAGCAGCUGUGGUAUUCGCUGUACUCUUUGCAGCCCUUACAGGCGUGCAUAUUUGGCAAGCCGCUCGGUAUAAAAAGACAUGGUGUUGGGUUAUUAUCAUGGCGGGGAUCUGGGAGACAAUGGCGUUCACCUUCCGAGCGAUAAGCACGAAACAUCAGCAAAGCACGGGUGUACUCUUGACGUUUAACAUUUUUAUUCUUCUCGCGCCAAUUUGGGUUAAUGCGUACGCAUACAUGACUCUUGGUCGGAUGGUCUACUACUUCAUACCCUCCCAAUCCCUGCUCCGCAUGCCGGCUGCUACUCUAGCUGCCAUUUUCGUCGGUCUCGACAUCCUAUCAUUUAUCGUUCAGCUUAUCGGCGGAAGUAUGUCUGGACCUGGGUCACCACCUGACGAGCAGAUGAAAGCCGUACAUAUCUACAUGGGUGGCAUUGGUCUCCAAGAAUUCUUCAUUGUCAUAUUUGUCGUCCUCUGCUCCCUCUUCCAGAAGAAGAUGCACACGAUUGAGCGCCAAAACCAAGGCAUCAAAGCCUUUGUUACCUCGGACUGGGGCAUGCUUCUCUGCACGCUAUACUUCUCACUAGCCAUGAUCUCUGUGCGCAUUAUCUACCGACUCAUUGAGUUCUCUGGCGGUAUGGGUCAAGACAAUGCUCUAGUCACACAUGAGGUGUACUUUUACAUUCUUGAAGCAGCACCUAUGUUUUUGGCGCUGUUGGCGUUUAAUGCUGUUCAUCCGGGAAGGAUCAUGACAGGUCCCAAUUCCGAUAUGCCUGGGUUGUUCUCAUUUAUCAAGAACAAGAUUAAGGGACGAAAGGGAAAGCAGUUGUUGGACGAUCGCAGCGACAGUGAUGUUGAGUUGAAUACCCGGUAUGAACCGACUAGAGAGGUUGGGCACUAUGAUACUGAGCCCCCGCGUUAUGGAUAG